UAGAUCUACACAUAUACCUGUAACUUCAUAUAUAUAUAUAUAUAUAUAUAUAUAUAUAUAUAUUCUUUCACUUCAAAGUCAGUAGAUUGGAUCCAUGCAGGUAGGACAAUGUGAAUGCCAGGACAGAAAAGUUACUGGAGGAGGGAGAGGAAUCUGAACUCCAAUUAAAAAGGUCAAUAACAUGACCUUCAACCCACUCCCCUGAGGGUAGGGGCGGGGAGAGAAAUAAUUGGGAAUGAACAAACUCGGAGACCCUUUCUGCUCCUAGAAGGGAAGGGUCAGGUCUGCAGAGAUCUCACGAUGCCCUUCACUGAACUAGUUCAACAUCUAAAGUCAGAACUUGUAGCUACUGCUCUUCUCCUGAUCUGACUGGAAGGCUUUAGAAAUCCCUUCAAAAGAGGGAGAGGAACAGGCCAACAAAAAGACACAGGCAGAAAUGAUCAGGAAUUGCCAGUGACAAAGAGGGAAAGAGAAAAAGCAAAAACCUGAAGGGCAGAGGACAGAAAGGGGUAGAGUAGGAAGAAGAGACUGGAUUCAACACACAGCACGGAAUCUGCUCCUUCUGGUCGCUGGACUGGUGAGGAUGAACUGAAACUAGGAAGGACAAGAAGACUUUGAGCAGCCUGAGACACCAAGAGGCCACAGAAUCACCUCACGGGAAUGCACAGCUCAGACAUGAUCUGCUUUGUUUUGGGAUGUUCUUUAUGGUUCCCCCAAGUAAGAGGUGAGGAAGGCUGCCUCAACACUGAAUUCUGUGCAGGUACAGAGUGGGACCGUUUGUGGUAUAUCUGGUUGGUGGUGGUGAUUGGUGGGCUCCUGCUCCUGUGUGGCCUGGUUUCUGUCUGCGUGAGGUGCUGUUUUCAGUGCCAUCAGACAGGGGACGAGUCAGGGCCACAGCCCUACGAGGUCACCGUCAUCGCUUUCGACCACGACAGCACCCUCCAGAGCACCAUCACCUCUCUCCACUCCGUGUUUGGGCCUGCUGCCAGGAGGAUAUUAGCAGUGGCACACUCCCACAGUGCUGCCCAGGGAACACCACCCCUCUCGGCAUCGGACACUCCCCCAGUGUAUGAAGAAGCCCUGCACAUGAGCAGAUUCACGGUGGCCAAGGCGGGCCAGAAGGUGCCAGACCUGGAUCCUGUGCCGGAGGAAAAGCUGCAGGCACCUGCUGAGGGCAAGGAUGCCCGGCCAGCCCUCCCAGGACAUUAGACUUCCUUAGUCUAACAAGAAAGGGGGUAAGAACUAACUAAAAUUCAAAAUAUUUUCAGAGCUGUCAUAGUUUGACACCUCUUUCUGUCACCUCCUUGAGAUGGUUGGCCAUUGGCAUUCUCCAAGUCCGUUUAUUAACACACAACACCAGUAGCAGAGUUGGCACAAAUAAGCAGGCAGCAGGAUCAAGGUGCUGAACCAUUUCGCAGGACAGUGACCUCAGGGUGAUGGCAGAGGCGUCUCAUUCCUCCUGCCUCCAGCCUGAGUUUCCUCAGGAUGGUAGAGAGGAUUUCAAAACAGACAAAACUGAAACCAAACCAAACCAAACCAACAAAAACCACACCAAAACAAAAAGACCUGUGAGAAGGUCUAUUAAGACCCAAAAAUAACACCAAACUUCUGGAAAGUGCCAAACAUUUAUAAGCAUUUUUAAAACAAACAAACAAUCUGUAAACAAAAGACAGCAUAUAUACAGACAGCCUGUGCAGUAUGUGUCCUAAAUGUCCUCCAGGAUACACAGAAUGAAGACAGUCUGGUUCUGAAUAGGAUAUAUAGCAAUUCUGAAAUAGUAGUCUGUUAUAUUUGAAUUAAAAAAAUAUUAUAUAGGUGCCAACAGAUCAAAGAAGGGGAGGAGCAGGAACACUGCCCCUGAAAUAAAGCUCAAUCAUCUUUUAAUUGCAUUCAUAUUGUAUCAUUUAUUAAUUCCUACUGUUGCUGUCAAAACCAGACCAAUUUAAGUAAGACCGUUUGAAGCAUUUAAGCCAUUUCCCAGAUAGAAUAAUUUGUGAGUCUCUCCUGAUCGAUACAAAUAUGCUGAACCAUCCAGAAAUAUUGAUCAAACUGGAUGAACAUGGGUAUGGACCAUCUGUAAAAUGUUUUCUUGGGUUAGGCGGUCAGGAGAAGGUGAGUGUUGAAUUACAUCAGUGUUGUCUCUACCCCAGGUUCAGCACUUGAAAACAUUAAAGCAGAGGAACAUCAAAUAUCAAAUGAUAAGCAACCAUGAAUUUAUUGAUGUAUAUGUUCACGUUGAUAUGAAUGCCCAGGACACAGAUAUCACAUAUUUCUGAAACACCUGCAUGGCCCUUCUUACUGAAGUACCCGAAUUCUCACUGUCCCUAAUAUGCUGGUCUUCUUUCCUGUGAAAUACAGAAAAUAUUGUUAUUUUGUAGAUAAGGAGAAAAAGGACAAUGUUGGACAAGAUCCAACAAGGACAGGGUCUCACAUGUUUUUAAGGACCUAACUGCUGUUGAGAUCAACCAUAGAAAAUUUUAGAGAAAGUUGCUAAGAUCACUUCAGGGAUAGAAUAAAGCUGAACUGAACAACCCAAACAUCUUUGAUGAUGUCCCAGACCUUGCCCAGUCACAGGAAUUUUGUGUCUAAGGGUCUUGAUCUCCAAGGUUAUAAACUUCUUUCUGAAUCGUCUGGUCAUUGCCCAACUGUAUCAUUAGUGAGUGAUGAAGUGAAAUGGAAAAAAUAAAGAAGUGACAUAUAAGUUUA